AUGGCGACGACAUCAAACCUCUCAGGAUUUAUUACCCUAAUCCAGCAAAAGGUCGUGCUAACCCAAGUGAUCACUCGGCCAUCAGCGACCAUCACAGCCGUCGUGACACUCGGCAACGGUCCAACAGACAGCUCCGCUUCAACUUUCAAACCGGUUAUACCGGACAUAGUAACUGCACAAGAUGAACCGCCACCUCCCCCACCAUCGUCAGGAGGAUCAGGCCUUAGCUCAGGUGCCCUCGCUGGCAUCCUCUGCUCUCUCUUUGUUGUCAUCUUUUUCGCUCUCCUCUGCUGCACAUGCCACAAGCGCCAUCAGCGUGAGCACCACUACUACUGGUACGGCAGCGACUCAAGCAACUCGAGCAGUAGCAGUUCCAGCAGCAGCACAACUAGCACGAACUCCCUCACCGACCGUCAGCCCCAGCACAGUAGGCGCUCUCGUAUUAACCCCAAGACCCAAUUGGACCGCUACUACUUGAGCACAUGGGGUCGACAGCCGCGCCCCGACUCUAACACGACUGCCGGGCAGACUGGAGGGACUUCUGGACUUGACGGGACGAUAUCAGCAGGGCAGACACCAACAUCUUCGUGGCCGACGCGGGCGACUAUCAGGCCGUUCUGGAGGACGGCAAACUGGACGGCGCCCAAUGAUGACGUCUCGAACAUCGAGAAUCAGGACGACCGCAUUGGCUCAGCCCGCGACAACAGCACUGGCGGCACGCUCACCCACUUCAAUGCAAACAAUAAUGAGAAGGAUUCAGCCUCGCUCGAAGGCCUUGGCCUCACCUUUGCCCCUGUCCUCAUCUACUCGGGCAUCUGUUUCUUGAUUUUCUUCUACUUCCGUCGCAAAUCCCACCGGGUCUACGCUCCGCGGUCCAUCCCCGCCAUCCGGGAGCCGGAGAACCCCAGCCCAGAGUUGCCCGAUGGCUGGUUUGACUGGAUCAAGCCUUUCUUUGCCAUCGACGACGAUUGGAUUCUCAACAACUGCUCACUCGAUAGUUACCUGUUCCUGCGAUUUCUCAGGAUUCUUUCUGUCAUUUGUCUGGCCGGCGGAUGCAUCGCAUGGCCCAUCCUGCUGCCCAUCCAUGGUACAGGUGGUAAUGGGUUGAAGGAUCUGGAGAAAUUGACGAUGGGUAACGUUAAGCUCGGUACCAAGUUCUACGCCCACGUCGUGGUCGCAUGGUUGUUCUUCGGCUUCGUGCUGUUCAUGGUGGUACGAGAGUGCAUCUUUUUUAUUAACUUACGCCAGGCUUACCUGCUCUCACCCAACUAUGCGUCUCGCCUCUCUUCUCGAACCGUCUUAUUUACGUGCAUCCCGAAGCCCUACGUCAACGAACGGAAGCUGCGCGAACUGUUCGGUCCAACUGUCAAGAACGUGUGGCUCGUACAAGAUACUGGUGCGCUGGAGGCCCUGGUCAAGGAUCGCGAAGAGACUGCCGAUCGACUCCAGCAAGCCGAGAUCAAGCUUAUCAGAUUGGCGAACGCGGCACGCGAGCGCUACCUGAAGAUGAAUCCCGACCCUUAUCUGACGAACGACUAUUCUCUACUACCGCAGAAGUCUGCAACGGAAGAGUCUCGUGCAUCAGAGUCAACCCAAAAGGAUCCUGAACCGGGGCAGGCCGAAAUCGAAUCGGUCAAAAAGUUUGCCGAGAGUCAACUGUCCGUUUUGGACAAGCCAGCUCCUCCUGGGGAACCACAGGGCCCCGAAGAUGCCGAUUAUGUUCACCCCUACGGACUGCACUCUACCCUGCCCGACGUUCGUGGGUCUGUUGCUGCUCUCUGGAUCCCUGCCGAAUCCCGUCCGCAUCAUCGACCCAUCCAGAACUUUGGCCGUCGUGUCGACACUAUUCGGUGGACCCGUGCUCGGCUCAAGGUGCUCAAUCGCGACAUUUGGAACCUUCGAAAGAAGUUCCGUCGGGGCGAUGGUACCCCUCUGAACGCAGCCUUUAUCGAGUUUGACUCUCAAGCUAGUGCCCAGGCCGCAUACCAGAUCCUAGCACAUCACUUACCGCUGCACAUGUCUCCGCGGUACAUCGGACUGCGACCUAACGAGAUCAUCUGGAGCGCUCUGAGAGUCCGGUGGUGGGAGUUGAUCAUGCGACGGUUCUUCAUGAUGGCUGUCAUUGCGGCAGUCGUCAUCUUCUGGUCUAUUCCGUCUGCCUUCUUGGGUGGUCUUACGAACAUCGACAAGCUCAGCUGUGCGGGAGUUGCUGGCGUCCCUUCCCAUGCCCUAGUCGAAUUGUUUGUGCAACACGCCUACUUCGCUUUCCAGGUCGUCCAGGUCUUCAUCGUCACUACCCUCACGUCAGCCGCAUCCGCUGCUCUCACCGAUGUCAUCCAAGAACCCUUCUCUGCCAAGGAUCUCUUGGCUCAGAACCUUCCGUUGGCUUCAAAUUUCUACUUGUCUUACAUCCUAAUUCAGUGCCUUGCCGUCGGUGCUGCUCGACUCGCUAACUUCGGCGAUCUCAUCCGCCAUGAACUUAUCGCGAGUAUGACGGUGAAUCCCAGACGUCGAUAUGCUCGCUGGAGGAAACUCACACAGAUCCAUUGGGGUACGGAGUACCCACGCUUCACGAAUAUGGGAGUAAUUGCCCUUAGCUAUUCUUGCAUCUCACCUUUAAUCCUCGUCUUCGCCGGUCUCGGCAUGUUGUUUAUCAGCUACGUCUUCCGCUACUGCAUACUCUACAUUUAUGACUCAAGUCUCGAUACCAGGGGCCUCUUCUACCCUCGCGCAUUACUACACCUCAUGGUCGGGCUCUAUAUCGCCGAGAUCUGCCUGGUCGGACUCUUUGCCCUCAAAUCUGCAUUCGGCCCUCUGUUGUUGAUGCUCAUCUUCCUCAUCUUUACUGCAAUUGUACAUGUCAACCUCAACAGUGCUUUAACCCCUCUACUGGACAACAUCCCUCGUACUCUCGCUCUUGAACGGGACAACGGCCCCUCUGAUGACAGCAGCCAUACCAUGGAGGAAGGUGCUGCUGCCGAAGGGGAAAACAAGAGUGCCAAGGACACCACUGGUCUUGCCGCUGAUUACUACAACAUGGCUUCCGAAUCCGACUCUGACUCUGAUGACGAAGCUCCCCCAGUCUCCGAGCCCGGUCUCGACAGCGACAUCCAGCUCCGUGGCAUCGAAGGCAGCAGUAGCAUCAAAUACGCCAUUACAGAAUGGAUCAAAUCGCAGCUCAAAUCGCCCCUUAAACUCUCUACCUCCCUGAGACCAACCACUGAUCCGACUCCUGACUCCCGCCUUACCCAAAUCCUCGCUGCCAUCAAGAACUCCCUCACUCCUGACCCGUCUCGCCCGCCGAACCUUCUCCUCACAUUCCUCCAUCCCGAAAUUUACCAAGACUUCCGGACCCUCGCUAAGCGCGUGAAUCCCCAGCCUGCGGAGCUACCCGACCUCCCACCGAACUAUGUCAAGCGGAGCGCGUACCAACCUCCUGAGAUGUGGAUACCCGCUCCGAAGCUCUGGCUGCCCAGGGAUGAAGCCCGCGUCAGUAGACAGGAAGUCGCGCAUUGCAGGAAGGAGGGGAUUUUUGCGGGUGAUAAGGGCUGCUGGCUUGUUGGAGGAGAUGGGGUCGAUCCUAGGGUUAAAGAGCGGCUUGGGAAAGAGACGGUUGUUGAGGGUCAGGAAGAUGGAAAGGGAAUUGAUUUGGGUGUUGCAACAGGUGUUGUGAACAGGGUUACGGGGUUCGGCAAGGAGGUAGGGAAGGGGGUCAGGAGCAUGAAGAGGGGCAGGGUAGUGUGCGAGAUGGAGAAGAGUCCUUUGAAGGAAGAGAUAUGGGUAUAUUGA